CAACACUUGAGCAUGCUCUCCAGGCUCGUGGUUCCUUUGGGACAUAGUUAAUUUCAUGAAUAUAUAUUAUAUAUUUUUUCAUUUGGAAGUCAGAAGACACUUGUAAUGUCUCAUCUUCAAGAGAAUUCGCGGUGGCCCCGAGUUUCAAAGUUCACUUUAUCAGCCUGUGCUGCAGCUGUGGCAGAAUUGGUCACAUUCCCCCUGGAUCUUACCAAAACCAGACUCCAGAUCCAGGGUGAAGGCAGAUCUGGAAAGAAUGGUGGAAGCGUACAGACUCAGAAAUACAGGGGCAUGUUGAGCACAGCUGCAGGUAUAGUGCGAGAAGAGGGGCCCUUGAAACUGUGGCAAGGGGUCACACCAGCUAUCUACAGACAUAUAGUGUAUUCAGGCGGCAGGAUGCUGGCCUACGAACAGAUGAGGGAAUCUGUCUUGGGAAAAUCUGAAGAUGGCAUUUUUCCAGUUUGGAAAGCAGUGAUCGCCAGUAUGAUAUCAGGUGCUUUGGGUCAGUUCAUAGCUAGUCCAACUGACCUAGUGAAAGUUCAGAUGCAAAUGGAGGGCAGGCGACGACUAGAAGGGAAGCCGCCGAGGGUACGUGGAGUUUAUCAUGCUUUUACAAAGAUCGUCGCACAAGGAGGAAUACGAGGUCUUUGGGCCGGAUGGGUUCCCAAUGUUCAGAGAGCCGCACUGGUCAAUCUAGGAGAUCUCAUGACGUACGAUACAGUGAAGCAUUUUCUGCUGAGAAACACCUCCAUACCGGACAACAGCAUCUGUCAUGGAUUGUCAAGCAUAUGCUCGGGAUUGGUUGCUGCUACUAUGGGAACACCGGCGGACGUGGUGAAAACUAGAGUCAUGAACCAGCCUCGGGAUUCAAACGGGAGGGGUCUUCUCUACAGAAAUUCUACUGACUGUCUGCUUCAGUCGGUCCGAAGAGAAGGAUUUUUUUCUCUAUAUAAAGGAUUUCUUCCAACGUGGUUUAGAAUGGCUCCCUGGUCUUUGACUUUUUGGCUUACAUUUGAGCAACUGAGACGAGCAAUGGGAAUCAGCUCAUUUUAAUGAUUUUUUUGUGUUUUGUGUUUGUUUAAUUUGUAUCUUUAAACCGUUACUUGCUGACAUUCCACUCUUUAUUCAAUUGUUGGGCACUAGUAUGAGAAAAAAUACUUUUUUACAUCACUAGUAUGAGAAAAUACAAGGUUUCUUGGAUAAAUAAAAUAUGUUACAGACCUUUA